GGCGACUUUGGUCUUCCGUACGCACAGAGAAACACAAACCACGUAAACAUCACUGAAGCUAGUGCGUGAUUGGGGUCUUGAAAUUGUAUUGUUUGCUGAACUCAAGAGAAAUGUCAGCUGCAGAAGGAGCGGACUUGAAAGGGGGACAUCCCCCUGCAGUAAAGGUUGGAGGAAUGCGUGUAGUUCAACACAAGGAUGGGAAGGAAAAACCAGCAGAGCAACUGACCAAAGAGGAACAAGAGGAGUUUGGAACUAGUCCUCCAAAGUCAGACACACAUCACCAGUCGGUGUUAGUUGGUGGAACAAUCACACAGGGAGACAAAGAUUUCCCCCCAGAAGCCGUCAAGCAUUAUCACAACAAGCCACUACCUACACAUGAUACUCGUCCAGCCGCGAAAAACUUCAACAUCCAACAACCUCGCUGAACAGAAUGAAAAAUGAUAUCAUUCUCGUAUCGAACUUGAGCAGGGACUCGUUCACAGAAUAUGAGAUGACAACAAUUUGGUUGAGGGAAAAGAUAAAAAGAAUAUGAUUAAAUUGAAAUGUGAAGCAAAUAACUUCAAUGUGGAAAACAUAAGAAUAGUUGAAAACGGUGUUCAGAAACAAAAGACAGAUUUGGGUGUUGGAAAUCAUUGUACAUCAAAUAUUACAGUAUUAAACUGUUACAAAUUGAAGAAGGAGAAAGAGAUAAGAAAAUUGUUUAAGUGCUAAGUACAUAUUGUAUACUUUAUUUGGAUAGUUUCUGUUAUUCAUUCUGAACGUAUUUCUGAUUGAAUAAUUUUAUAGAUAUUAGGUUCCCAUAAAUAUAUUAUGGACAUGGUUGUCUUGAAGCAGUUUUGGUAUAAUUUUUGAUUAAAAUUAAUAGUGCUAACAAGAAGAAAUUGUCAGAUUUCAUAUUGAUAUAUAUAUUAAAAGAUAUUUUCAAACAAAUGUUUGCUUUAAUAUGGGGACCAGUGAUAUUUGAGAGGCAUGUGAGUAGACAUAUGGAUGCGUAGUUACUAGUACCCCAAUCUGCUUUGUAAGAGCGAAAAUUUUAGCUCCUCGCAAGUCAACAAAUGGUUCAUGUAAUUAUUACAACUGUUUGCGCUAUCAGUUUUGUUGUGAAAUCGCUGAAAUAACUCGCUGCUAAAAUUGAAUAUGGAAACAGCCUUAUAGAGGUGUAUUUAUUGAAAAUUAAAAUUCCAAUUCUUCUCAAGGCGUCUAGUCAUUCUAUUAGAAAUGUACUCGUAAAGUUAAAAGUCGGUUUGAGACCACACUGUUCAAGUUCAGAUCUACUUUAUAUAGGUACAUGUAAUGAAAUGAAAAUGUUCCUCCACUUAUCCUUAACCCAUAGUUUUUAUGGGGUGAAACCAGAAACAUGAUUGUUUAUUUUUUUGAGAUUAUUUAAUGAGGGUUAAUCGCAUGCAUUUUUCAGUUCUCAAGUUUGUUUAGAAGUUUUUUUUGUGUAUAUUUAUUGGAAAAAAAAGUGUUUUAUGGAUAUUUACAUGUUUGAUUACCCAUUCAAACCCCCCUGUAUUCAAAAUUAAGUUUUGAGCAUCCUUGUAUGAAUUCUCUUAAAGCGUUGACUUUGGAUCAAUUUCUUUUCACAUUUUUUCCUGUGAUUUAUUUGCAUUUUUGCUCGUUGUUCUGUUUAUUUUUGUUUUGCAUUUAUAUACGCAAUAUCAACUUUUCAAACUUUAAAAAAAAGUUGAUUUUUUUUUUUUUUUAAACUUAUGCUGAGUUAGUUGCAUGUACGGGCAUUUUCCAAGAUAAUUUAAUCCUGUCAAUAAGGUAUAUGCUUUAACAAGUAAUGGAAAUCAAAGCGACUGACACUGUAUUCAUGGUGGUAUAUUUAUGACUGAUGCGUCAGAAAGUGAAAACAAAAUUAAGUGUACUUCCUUUGAUCAAAUUGAUGUUUGGAUAUUUCAAGAUUUCAUAAAUUGACUUGCGUUUACAUGCAUUCACAAAAAUUACAAUGUUAUUAUGAUAUCAGGUUUGUAUGUAGGUGCAAUUUAUGUGGUCAUGCAAUUUUUUACACUUUUUGUUUUGCACUAUUUGAUCAUUUAAUCAGCUAUGUUCUUGUGUAAGAUAUUGAAAUAAUCUCUACAUGCAAACAAUUAAAUCUGUUUAAACAGGUCUUGUUUUUUCAGGAUCCCUGUCUAAACUGUCUUUGAUAUUUGGACCUCAUAAAAGCGUUUUUUUUAAAACAUAAUACCAGCUAAACCAGUUUUUACUUUCUUUGUAAAUUUUAAUAAUAAUAAUAAUAGUAAUAAUUUGAGGUUCUUGUAUACCACUUAAUCACAACCUAGCUCGUAGGUCGUCUCGCAGCGGUUCACAAAUUAUCAUCCGUGGUUACAGGGCCUUUGCAACCAGCCAAUUUCUUUCUCAACUCCCUGGGGAGCAUACAGCCGGUGUUGCCAUUUCGGCACUCACAGCUAGCAUUCAACAGUUCUUGCACUGCCCAGCUACAUACUCAUUUACAGCUGAGAAGAGUGGAACAAGCGGAGUAAGGUAUCUUGCUCAAAGAUACAACACGGUGCCAUGACGUGACUCGAACCCGCAACGCUUCGGUCACCAGCCCGGCAUCCUACCACUGGACUAAUGUGCCUCCUAUGCUAUUACCUUUAAUCUGUAUACAUGUACCCAACAUCACUGACUGAUCAGUAUCAACUGGUGGAAGAUUUCUGUCUUGAUUCAGUUAAGGAUCCCUGUUCCACUACCAAAAACCAUAACGAAGUGUUGGAAACGUAGCUCUGACAAAUAAUUACUGAAAAGAAAACCAUACCUUGCGUCCGGGACGUUUAUGAGAAAUAAUAAAAAUGACCGAGACAAAAGCAUAAUCAACAACAGUGUUUUGAAAAUAAGAAAAAUUCAGUGGAGCUGGACCGAGAUUUGAACCCCAUAACUUCAGAUUGAUAUUCAAAUGGAAGUCAAGGGGAGAUUACUGAAUAUAGGAAAAACCAGUCCAGUGGGCCAGGGAUCCUGAAGACAGGUUGUAGUGUAUUUCUGACAAGACAUUAUUACAUUCAUAGCAUGCUGAUUACCCUAGGUAUGCUAAAGUAUUACUAAAUACUAUUUUUUUUUGCUUAACUCAUAACUCCUUCACCCCUACAUAUUUGAACUGGACUUGCCCAGUCUUUGAUUUGGUAUGGUUCAAAUAUGACUUUAGGGGUGAAUGAGUUCAUAUGUUUCAGGAUGUUACAUAUCAUGCUGGUUUAUUUUGCUUAAACAUAUUUUUAUUUCAAUUUCUUCUGUCAUGAAAUGAUAUAUUUUAAGAGCUUAAUUUGUUGAAUUGUAUUUUUGUAUACAAUGUUAUAUUAAUUUUAGACAUGAGAGAUUGUUGGAUUGUAUAUCUAUACAAAUUUUAUGAUUUUCUACUUUAAACACUUUCUGUUGAAAUUUUGGUCGAACUAGGUGACUACAGGACUGAUAUGGACUGUUAAACUCCAAUAUUAAUCAUGUGAAAAUAAAGGCUGUAGACAUCAAAUCUUGUUUCAUAUGUAAUAUGCUGUUGCUCAAAAUAAAAUUAAUCUGAGACUGA